GAGAAAUCCAAUCCAAUCUUGGCGGGACGAGGAAUACUGAGCUGGCGGACGAUAAGCGGCAGAGUGACGCAGCCGUCGCUGACUGGGGUCACGUGCCACAGCUGCCCGGCGAUGGCGACUUGACCGGACAGCUUGAGCUUCUGACAAACACCACUGCUCCUAGCUGCAACAACCAUCACAACCCUCGAUCCAGCCAUCCUGCCAGAGACAGGAGAAGUCCCUCUGGCUUGCUGCUGAUCUGUUUGCUCUGAUUUUGUAUCCUGCGGUUUCCCUCUAGUUCAUAAUGGGUAACCAACAGUCUGGUCUCGGAGGAGGCCCAGGCGGUGACAGAGAUGCGAAGGAUCAGAAGGUACGAGGGAAAAUGCCUUUCGUGUAUUUGAUUUUGGCGGAUCGACUAACUUCACUGCGAUUACAGAAAGACAAGCCUAAGUACGAGCCGCCACCACAGCCUACCACCCGUCUCGGACGCAAGAAGCGCAAGGCUGCUGGUCCCAGCGCUGCUGCAAAACUGCCGACCAUCUUACCAACGUCACGAUGUCGGUUACGAUAUCUGAGGAUGCAGCGGGUGCAUGAUCACCUGUUGUUAGAAGAAGAAUACGUCGAGAACCAGGAGCGGCUUCGCAGAGCGAAGGCUCAGGCAGUGACGACACCGGCCGGAGUAGACCUGGAUCCUACGGAUAGAAAUGCGGACGAGAGGAGCCGAGUGGAUGACAUGAGAGGCAGCCCGAUGGGUGUUGGUAAUCUAGAGGAGAUGAUUGACGACGACCACGCCAUUGUCUCGAGUGCUACCGGCCCUGAAUAUUACGUCUCUAUCAUGUCUUUCGUGGACAAGGAUCUGCUGGAGCCGGGUGCUAGUAUCCUACUACAUCACAAGUCGGUGUCCGUUGUCGGUGUCCUAACAGAAGAUGCUGAUCCGUUGGUGUCGGUUAUGAAGCUCGACAAAGCUCCCACUGAGUCGUACGCAGAUAUUGGUGGUUUGGAAUCGCAGGUUCAGGAAGUACGAGAGUCUGUCGAGUUGCCCUUGCUACACCCGGAACUGUACGAAGAGAUGGGUAUCAAGCCGCCCAAAGGUGUCAUCCUUUACGGUAGUCCGGGAACCGGAAAGACUCUACUAGCCAAGGCUGUUGCCAACCAGACAAGCGCCACUUUCCUCCGCAUCGUCGGCAGUGAGCUGAUCCAGAAAUAUCUCGGAGAUGGCCCUCGCCUCGUGCGGCAGAUUUUCCAGGUUGCCGCUGACCACGCCCCCUCGAUCGUGUUCAUUGAUGAGAUCGAUGCUAUUGGUACCAAGCGAUAUGAAUCGACGUCUGGCGGUGAACGUGAGAUCCAGAGAACCAUGUUGGAGCUUCUGAACCAGCUUGACGGUUUCGAUGACCGCGGUGAUGUCAAGGUUAUCAUGGCAACCAACAAGAUUGAGAGCUUGGACCCUGCCUUGAUCCGUCCUGGUCGUAUUGACCGGAAGAUCCUCUUCGAAAACCCUGACCAAAACACGAAGAAGAAGAUUUUCACUCUACACACAUCGAAAAUGUCUCUCGGCGAUGAUGUCGACCUUGACGAAUUCAUCAGUCAGAAGGAUGACCUGUCUGGUGCCGAUAUCAAGGCCAUCUGUUCGGAGGCUGGCUUGAUGGCCCUGCGGGAGAGACGUAUGAGAGUGCAGAUGGCCGACUUCCGGGCUGCUCGUGAGAGAGUCAUGAAGACAAAGCUCGAGAAUGAACCAGAGGGGUUGUACCUGUAGGCUUUCCUGCCUGAGUUGUAUACUCGCGAACUGGGGCUACUAGAAGGAGAGUUGCAUUAGACGCCGUCAAGAUCUGUAUUGUAACGAUAGCAAUCUAAUCGGGCUUCUCCCGGUUGUUGGUGCCAAAUAAUGCAUAGUUUAACUAUAUACCAU